UAAAAAAAAGAAUUUGUACAAUUCGAAAAACAAAAUAAUUUACGAAAGAAUGGCUACCUGGAAUAGUCUUAUAUCUCAUCCACAUUUCCAUCAAAUUAAAACCGCAUACAAUGACCACUUCCCAAUCGAAGUACGAUUUGUGUGUGCCAAUUGGAUUGAAGAGCGAAUGAAAACGGAAUUGAAUAACGAUAUUAAUGACACCGAAAUCAAAGAAAUUGCAACGGAUUUCCUGUGCGCAUUAAUCCAAGAACUGCAACAGGAGAAACUGCACUUGAAACGAGUGGACCAAUUGUCCAUACAAUAUCGACUAAACGCAGCAAUUGAGUGUUAUAAGAACCAUUUGUCGCAUCCAUUUGCUGUUUAUAAACAAAUUCGAGACACUGUGGCUUAUGAAUUGCGAGUCUUGGGUGUUUUUAGUGAAAAUCUAUUAAAAUUUGGUGUGGACGAAGAGGCCAUCGACAUUGUGCGGAAGUUAAACGUAUUGAAAAGCGACGUUCUGACGAUCAAAGAGAAACAAACGAAUUACAAACACGAAAUCGAAAACUAUAAAUGUCUCGAGUACCGCGAAACAACAACGCAAAUGAUUGAGGUGAAUAAUGAUUUGGAACAGGAACGUCGUCUGGUGGUUCUACAGGACUAUCAGGGCAGAAAAUUCCAAGCAAUGGAAAAUAUUAAGGCCUGCGCAAUCGACCUGAAUCAAGGCAUUUCGGAUGUGAUUUUACAAAUUGAUUCCGUUCAAAAGCUUCUCGUCUUGAGUCGACUGGACAAGUGGCAUCGUAGUCAGGCAUUGGCCGGUAAUGGAGCCCCACUAAACAAAAACUCACUCGACGAAAUGCAGUUGUGGUUCGAAAAAUUGGCUGAAAUUAUUUGGACAACACGAUGCUGCAUCCAGUCGACCUGUGCAAUUAACAGCAUCACAUUUUCUGAUGCUAAUGGUGUUAUUGAACAAGCGUAUAAGGAUGUGACGUGCUUGCUCGUCAAUCUAAUUGAGUCCGGAUUUGUUGUGGAAGAUCAACCACCACAAAUUAUGAAACCUGAUGUGAAUUUUAAAACCACUGUACGACUAUUGACCGCUAACCUUGGCAUUCAUUUAAACCAUCCGUCGGUGGCUGUGUCACUUUUUGCCGAGUCUCCAAUGGACUCUCCAUGCAGAAGCAAGUGUCAGACGUACGAAAUAUUGAAUAACACCGGUAAAUUGGAAGAUCAAUCAUCGACGCAUCAUUUGACUUGUACGUUCAACAACAUGAAAUUGGAAAAGUUCAAACGAUCCGGGAAAAAGGAUCCCCAUUAUGUCACAGAGAAAAAAUACGCUUUGCUGUUCGAAUCGGCCUUUCAAACCGCAGGUGAUCUAACCAUCAACGUUUCAGCGAAAACUCUCCCAAUCGUUAUAGUCGUUCACACCAACCAAGAACCCCAAUCCUGGGCAACAAUAUUUUGGGAUAACGCAUUUGCUGAAAUUCAUCGACAACCGUUUAAGGUCGUUGAUAAAGUACGUUGCUCACAGCUGUUCAGUGCACUAAGCACAAAAUUUGAAUCGGAAACCAACAAAUGCUUGACAGCAGACUGCUUCAAAUAUCUACACGAAAAAUUGUUCGAAGCCGAUUACAAUGACGAAGAUCGAUUGAUAUCGUGGGCUCAGUUUUGUAAAGUUCCAUUGCUGGGGCGAAAGUUUACAUUUUGGCAAUGGUUUUAUUCUGCUAUGAAAUUGGUGAAGCAUCAUGCUCAAGAGGCUUGGUCGGACGGCUUCAUUAUUGGUUUUAUCAAUAAGCAAGAAACUAUAGCAAAAUUGCAAAAUUGCCAGGCUGGUACGUUCUUGGUGCGUUUCUCAGAGAGUGAACUUGGUGGCAUUAGUAUUGCUUGGGUUGACACCGCAUUACCACGCAGCACGGUUAUGCUUGAGCCAUAUUUCAGUGACGAUCUUAAGAAACGUUCUCUCGCUGAUCGAAUCAGAGAUUUGGAUCAAUGCGUAACCUUGUAUCCGAACAUACCGAAAGGUCUGGCAUUUAAUCGUCAUUAUAGUCGUUUAGUUGUCAAACAUGAUAAAAGUGGAUAUGUGCGAUCGGUCCUAAGGUGUACUGUUCCCAAUCGCGAAGGCAAUAGUCGUAAUUGCAACUGCAUGCAACAUUUUAUGCAAUUACUUUCAGAUAUAAAUGGUGAUUCAUUCCAAUCCCUCGAAUUCAGUUAACAGCCUCAGGAAUUUUUAUUCUGACAGUAAAAUAUUCAAAUAAAGUUUGAGCUUAUUAUGUGA